AUGGACUACUUUGGCCACAAGUCAAACAGCACAUACCCUCUUGAUAUCGACUUUGCGCGGAGUCACCAUAUUUAUAGUCUUUUUCGCCAAUGCGCUCGUCACUAUGAAUCUCGCUUCAAUGCGCCCGACACCGUUUCGGCAGGGAGGUUCAACUUCGCCCUUGGAGGCAUCACUUCUGUGUUUAAAAAGUCACUUACGCUAUUCCAACGCUAUGAGAUAUGGACCCGGGUGUGCUAUUGGGAUGACAAGUGGGUGUACUUGAUAUCCCAUUUUGUCAAAGAAGGCUGCGUGAAGCCGGGAUCUUACAGUGAUUCGACAACGACACAAACAGCAAAGAAUGACCUCCACCGGUCAAGUGACGAAGAUACGAAAGACUGUGAUGAGGCUGUUCUAUACGCUGUCGUGGUAUCCAAGGUGGUAUUUAAGGAAGGACGGAAGACAAUUCCUCCCGCCCUGUUUUUCGAGUCUGGUGAUCUAUUGCCAGAACGCGAGGACGAGGUUGCCAGUGGGGGCGAGCACAACCGACUGGAUGCUGUUGACAAGGAAAUGGGAGGAAAUAACAACUCACGUUUGUGGGAAGCAAUCAACCGGGAGAAGUCUAGAGGCCGGACUACAAUGGAGUCAAUACAAGGUUUAGAGGAUGGAGUUGGGCUGUUUGACAAGGAUGUCCAAUUUGCAUUUCGCAGGUACUAG